UAUUCAUUUAUUCAAAUACACCUCAAGGGUAGUCGACGAGCCCGUGGCAAUUGGGCUUGCCUCGCCGAAAAGAUGCGACGGUCUACUCGGCCGCCGCGUCGCGCUAAGAAGUCUGACCGCAGUCUUCGUUCGACAUUACGUCUUUUUUCUAUGACGUCAUCAGAUUCAGAAGCCGAAGAUGAUGUAUACUCGUUGUGUGUGCCUUUGCCGGAGGACCGGAUCUCGCUUCGUCAUAUAUCUGGAUUCGACAACACCGGCAAUGUGCGCAUAUGGCCUGGAGGUGAGGCUCUCGCCUAUUACUUGUCAAUCCGACCACCACUUGUGUCGGGGAAGUUGGUACUGGAACUAGGAGCAGGGCUUGUUGGACUUCCGGGUUUCAUUGCUGCCAUAUAUGCAACACGGGUCAGAAUUACGGACGGCAAUGAGCACUCUGUAGCAUCAUUGAGAGAUAUAGCAAAACGGAAUCCUCUUCCAAACGUGGAAAUCGAGCAGCUGAGAUGGGGUGCAGGAGCUGAAGAGAGAAAGUUCGACUUGAUUCUAGCCGCAGAUUGUGUAUUUUUUUCAGAAUAUUAUGAAGAUUUGCUAAAUACUUUUGAUAGGUUUCUUGCCCAAAAAGGUCUUGUAUAUGUUUGCAGUCCCAAACGAAAGGGUAGCUUGGAUCGAUUUAUUGAGUACAUAGAGGAUGACAGCAGAUUUACAUUUGAAUUUAUCCCUGAAUUUGACUAUAUUAUGGAUGACUUGUGUAUUCUUAAAGAUGAGCAAAGAGAUGCUGAAUUACCGUAUUUAUUAUCGCUCAAGCGUUGCCUACUGGAUCAUACGAUUUGUUUCAUCUUAGGUAAGGUUCAAUUCGAUCCCGAAGUUGUUGCUCAUGUUAGCGCACUUGUUUGGGAUACGGUCAGCAGUGACUGGACGUCCGAUCUCUUAGCAUUCUCCAAGUAA